UUAUACAGAGUACGGGGACGCGGUGGCCCCGCCCCUCCGCGGCGUUACAUUGUAGCAGCGUCCCUGCUGUCAGGGGCAGCAGUCAGCUGGAGUGCUGCCUGUCAUUGCUGGAGUGCUGCUUGUCAUUGCUGGGUGCAGGAGAGUUGCCGCUUCAUAGACUCGCCAUCCUGCUGGGGGCAACUCUACCCGCUGUACGCUCCUCUAUCUCGGCAGGAUGCCCCUGGCACGCAGCUUAUCAGUCACCUCCCUGAACGGGCUGGAUGAUUGGGACGAUGACCUGGACCUGGACAACUCUGUGCUGUUCGAGGUGGCAUGGGAAGUGGCUAAUAAAGUUGGUGGAAUUUAUACAGUUAUACAAACCAAAGCCAAGAUCACCACAGAUGAAUGGGGAGAGAAUUACUUCCUCAUCGGACCCUACUUCGAGCACAAUGUACGGACCCAGGUUGAGUUGAUUGAACCUCCGAAUCCUGCCAUCAAGCGUACAAUGGAUUCCAUGAACUCAAAGGGAUGUAAGAUCUACUUUGGCCGCUGGCUGAUAGAAGGCAGUCCCUAUGUAGUCCUUAUUGACAUAGCAGCCACCGCCUGGAACCUCGACCACUGGAAAACUGAACUCUGGGAUAGCUGCACCAUAGGGAUCCCAUGGUAUGAUAGAGAAGCCAACGAUGCUGUGUUGUUUGGUUUCUUGACAGCAUGGUUCCUGGGCGAGUUCGCAGCACAAUGUGGUGAUGAGAAGCCCUUUAUCCUGGCCCAUUUCCAUGAGUGGCUCGCUGGCGUUGGUUUAUGUUUGUGUCGAGUUCGUAAACUUCCAGUGGCUACCAUCUUUACCACUCAUGCUACCCUCCUGGGGCGUUACCUGUGUGCCGGAAGCGUAGACUUCUACAACAACCUGCAGACGUUCAAUGUAGAUAAGGAAGCUGGCGAUCGGCAGAUAUAUCACAGAUACUGUAUGGAACGUGCUGCUGUUCAGUGCAGCCAUGUCUUCACCACCGUCUCUCAGAUCACCGCAAUAGAAGCUGAACAUCUGCUGAAACGCAAACCAGAUGUUGUGACCCCGAACGGUUUAAACGUAAAGAAGUUCUCUGCCAUGCACGAGUUUCAGAACCUCCACGCCCAGAGUAAGAACCGCAUCCAGGAGUUUAUCCGGGGACAUUUUUAUGGACACCUGGACUUCAAUCUAGAUAAGACGCUGUUUUUCUUCAUCGCUGGUCGCUAUGAGUUCUCUAACAAAGGAGCUGAUGUUUUUCUGGAGGCCUUGGCUAGACUUAAUUAUCUUCUUAGGGUGAAUCACAGUGACCUCACCAUUGUAGCGUUCUUCAUUAUGCCUGCACGGACCAAUAAUUUUAAUGUGGAAACGCUAAAGGGUCAAGCAGUUCGGAAGCAGUUGUGGGAUACAGCAAAUGCAGUGAAAGAGAAGUUUGGGAAGAAACUAUAUGAGUCAUUGCUAGUAGGGAAUUUACCGGACAUGAAUAAGAUGCUUGAUAAAGAAGAUUUUACUAUGAUGAAGAGAGCUAUUUUUGCUACACAGAGACAGUCAUUCCCUCCAGUCUGCACCCAUAACAUGCUGGAUGACUCCACAGAUGCCAUCUUGAAUACGAUCAGAAGGAUUGGACUCUUCAACAGUAGUGCUGACCGCGUAAAGAUCAUUUUCCAUCCAGAGUUUCUGUCCUCUACAAGCCCACUCUUACCAGUGGAUUAUGAGGAGUUUGUACGGGGGUGCCACUUGGGAGUCUUCCCAUCUUACUAUGAGCCUUGGGGCUACACACCCGCUGAAUGUACUGUUAUGGGGAUCCCCAGCAUUUCCACUAACUUGUCAGGAUUUGGAUGUUUCAUGGAGGAGCAUAUUGCGGACCCCACUUCCUAUGGUAUCUACAUCCUAGACCGCCGCUUCCGAUCAGUGGACGAAUCCUGCACUCAGCUCACGUCCUUCCUGUACAACUUCUGUCAGCAGACCCGGCGCCAGCGCAUCAUUCAGAGGAACCGCACGGAGCGCCUCUCUGAUCUACUGGACUGGAAAUAUCUAGCCAGGUAUUACACGUAUGCUCGGCACAUGGCCUUGGCAAAAGCCUUCCCAGACAACUUUACAUAUGAGCCUCAUGAACCAACAGCAGCUUCAGGUUUCCGCUAUCCACGUCCAGCCUCCGUGCCUCCUUCUCCUUCCCUGUCCCGUCACUCCAGUCCACACCACAGUGAAACAGAAGACGACGAGAGAUACGACGAGGAAGAAGAAGCUGAGAAAGACCGUCAGAACAUCAAGCAGCCAAACAUGUCAAACGUGGCACAGGCUCCCGAGUGGCGCAGACGCUCCAAGAAAGGCUCAGUUGACGCCAGCACCUCUAGUAAUGCCAGCAAUGCCAGCACCCCCACCAUGCCAAGUAGCCCAAGUGACCUAAGCAGCCCCACCAACUCUCUCAUUGAGGAGAGAAACUAAAGGUUUCUCUUAGAAGACGUAAGUUAUGGGUCGUUUCCAAGAUGAGAACAGAAGCAUCACGGGCAGAACAUCUUCAUCUUCCUAGAUCUGUAGACUUGUCUAAGCUCCACCAGGUCGAUUUAACCUCAGCUUUUCCCAGGUCAUUUGCUACUUGGUGCAGUUGAAAAAUAACAUGCAAAGGGAUUCCUAGGGUUGUGAGCAUUUGUUCCUGUUCUAAAGUUUAGGUCACAUCUGUUAUGGAGUCCUUGGUGCAGCAGUAGCUGAGGGGCAGCAGCCACCAAUCACCAAUAAAAGCAUCUCUUGGUUCGGCGGACUCCACCGGCAGUACUCGGUGAUCGCCUUCUUUGCCUACUCUUCUCCUCUUUCCAAAAUACCAGACAAAGGCCUCUGAGCAUAAAUAUAUCUCUAGAUUCCUUGAUUCACAGAUUUUCCAGUCAAGGACUAUACCCUCCCGUUAUUGAUAAUGGCCUUUCCCUCCUUCUUUUCUAGAGUACCUGUCAGUCCAUGGUCUGGUUUACAAUAUUGGGCAGCGUAGUUCUGGCUUUGCCCAAUGUUUGUGCCACGUAUCAUCAAAUCAUUGUGUCCCCGUCCCCCAGGAUGUCUUCCAUAAACAUAAACCAUUGCCAUAAAGCUGCUAGUGUUGGAAAUGGUCUCAGGAUAUCGGUUAUGUGUCUGCAGUGGUAGAUUGUACGCAACUAGAAUGUGAAGUUAUUGGACUGUGUAGGUUGUGCUAUAAAUGAUAUGAUGCUGUAUACGCGUAUGUGCCGUAACCUGGAAGCGAUAACCAGAUUAUAGCUGUCAUUUUCAGAAGGGAAAAUGAAGGAUAUUUGGUAAGUGUAGGUUAUAGCACAUAUGAGCACAUUGCACCAUAUCAUCAGCUAAACCAGGUAUGUAGCUGUAUUCUGGAAACAUGUUGGUAGGAGGGCAGUGGGGGUGGGGGGGGGGCUUAUCUCAAUAAAGAACAUAGGACAAGCUAAGGAUCUCUCAGGUAGGCAGGAAGGUUAUACUGAAGCCUUCACUGGCCAGUGUGCAUGACUGCCCCCGUCAGGAGGAAGUUGUCAUGGCCGCCUUCUGUGUUCCUUUUCCCACACUCUGAAUCCAUAUGAAUGUUUGACAUUCAGAGGAGGUUUUUUUUCGGUUUCCGGAUGUAUUUUUUACACAAUGCUGUCUCUCGUUGCAGCCUUUUCGUGAUCAUACAGAUAGCGCUCUGACUCCUCUUUUCUAUCUGUGUCUGAUCAUUCUGUGGUGGGGCUGUGGAGAUUGAAUUCUCUCAUACAAAUAUUUAGUAUUUAAAAUAAAAUUUUAAAUCUG